UAGAAAUUUCUCUAUGAAAAUGGUGACCUCGAUUUCAGCCGUCGGAGCUCUCCCUCGGCUUUUUCCGGCUAAAUAUUCCGCCGCAACUCCGCGGCCACAGCCACUCUCGAGCCUGCGCAUUAUUUGUCGGAGUCUCUCUGACUCCUCAUGCUCUUUCGACGAGAGUGGAAGCUCGGAUCUGAUUGAUCGGAGGCAGCUUAUGAUGUCUUCGAUUGGAUUAUUGGCUGCGUCGGCUUUCGGUUCUCACAGUGAUGAAGCUUCCAUCGCAUCUGAAUUCGCUGACAUGCCAGCGUUGCGUGGAAAGGAUUAUGGCAAGACAAAGAUGAGGUAUCCUGACUACGAAGAAACAAACUCGGGUCUCCAGUAUAAGGACUUGAGAAAAGGUACUGGGCCCACUCCAAAGAUAGGAGAAAUCGUCGUGGUUGAUUGGGAUGGUUUCACCAUUGGAUACUAUGGCCGGAUAUUUGAAGCUCGCAACAAGACAAAGGGUGGCUCGUUCGUUGGCGAUGACAAAGAGUUCUACAAGUUCAGAUUAGGAUCACAAGAGGUCAUCCCGGCGUUUGAGGAAGCUGUAUCAGGCAUGGCUCUAGGGGGCAUACGAAGGAUCGUUGUCCCCCCUGAACUAGGAUACCCUGAGAAUGACUUCAACAAGAAAGGUCAGAGGCCAACGACAUUCUCGGGUCAAAGGGCGCUGGAUUUUGUGCUGAGGAACCAAGGAUUGAUCGAUAAAACUCUCCUCUUUGAUAUCGAACUCCUCAAAAUCAUCCCCAAUAGAAGCUAAGAUCUGGUUUCCUCUCAUGUCUAAGGAUCAAGCUUGAAGUUGACGAGAGGAGAGGUACACAUUUUUAUCCCAUUUUGGAGUUUGAAACCAUCUGAUUACCUACUGUUGUGCAAUUGUAUUUGAUAUUUUAAUUACACUUACACUGUCAAGUUCAACAAUUUUGGUAGAAGCUUUUGAUAACGGAAAGAAUGUAAUAAUCCAUCAAAUUAGAGCAACAAAACAAGUGGAAACACCUUGAAUUUUAGGAUUAUAAAUAUAAUAAGACAAACAUAUACUCCUCGGUUUCUUAAAAA